AUACUAUUCUUCCAGGCAGAACUGAACGCAUAAGAGAAUGUUAGAACAUUUGUACUAAAUAAACCAUAAACCCCUCUACAUGGUAAGAGUAGAAGGCGUUUCAGUUGGUAGAUAAGAGAGGUUUGGAUUAAACAAACAACAUUAAUUAACAAGUGAUGAUCUGCUGAUAUAGUUGGGCCUAGUUGGGGUCCAUGUUAACCUAUUACGGCCUGUUGGAAUCGAGAUGAAUCCCCAAGUGGACAAGGUGGUGAGAAGAACGACUAUGGUGGCCACUGCUGUUGCGUCUUACUUACUCCUCACCGCUGAUUACGGCCCCGAGCCUAACGCUCUUGAUCCUAUCAAACAGAGAAUAGUAUCAGCUCAAGAUUCUGUCAAAGACUUCUUCUUUCCUUCAUCAAAGCACAAGUAGCAAGCGCGACAGACUAUCUGAAGCAACAAAGAUGUUUGCUGAACAUCAAAAACACCAACUUUCAUCAGUCUUUUGUUCUUUUCUUUGUCUCGUUUUCAGAAUUUACUCUUGCUCUCUCCACUCUUACUCUUUAACGACUAUAAGAUAUAAUGUUCAUAAUAACAUGUCAUAUGUGGAUUAGUUCC